AUGUUCACGGUUCAGGAGAUAGACCGAAGAGCCCCAUCCGGUCGUCCGCGGUGCAACCAAAUGGCCGACAAAACCAAAUCACGGCAUAGGCGCGAACUCCGGAUGGAAAUGACUUCCUGGAGCUUCAUAACACAUUUCCAAAGGAAGAUCACAAAACGAACGAGCCAAACUCAAGGAUGGCCAAGAAACCUCUUCUGGAGCCAUAUUGACCACUUUGUGAAGGAUCUCUCAAUCCACUCGUUCGAAUGCUCUCAAACUUCACCAGAGGCAUAA